AUGAUUUUUUCACUUUAUAUUAUCAAUAAAGCAGGAGGACUCAUCUAUCAGAAGGAUUUUAAUGAAGGACUUUUACGACUUGAUUCUAAUGAAUAUCUUGUUCUUGCAGGAAUUUUUCAUGGAAUACAUGCAAUUACUAGCAAAAUAUCACCAUUAGCUGGUCUAGGAGGACUUGAAGUUUUAGAAACUGAUACCUUUUAUCUCCAAUGUUUUCAAACACUUACUGGAAUUAAGUUUUUACUUAUUACAGAACCUCAUCAGCCUAACGUAGAUACACUUAUGCGAAAAGUUUACGAACUAUACGCAGAUUUUGUAAUGAAAAAUCCUUUCUAUCAAGUUGAAAUGCCAAUACGUUGUGAUCUUUUUGAUAUUAAUGUUACAAAUAUGCUUAAAUAUAUCUCAUAA